AUGUUCGCCCAAACUAUUCUUCUGAUCCUCCUGCCUCUGGUUGUUUCUUACUUCAUAACCCGGAUCCGCUACUCCCGCUUCAAGAAGUAUGCUGACUGGCCGCAACUACCCACCUCCCUCGUCUGGGGACACAUGAAAGCGCUCCACGAGUUUAUUGUCCGAGACAUCGUGUUUGGCGAAAUCCAGGAACAUUUGGGGAAUCCUCCUCUCAUGUUUUUCGAUCUCCGGCCUGUACAGUUUCGGCUGUGUGUGGUCGGAAGUCAUGAGAUCGCAGAACAAGUCUCCCGGAGUACCAAGAGUUUUCCGUAUAGUAUGCAGAAGUCGCCAACUAUGGGCGCGCUGGAGCCUUUGUUGGGCCCGUAUUCCAUUAUCACGCAGGAGGGGGAACACUGGAAGGGUCUACGCAAGCGGUUUAACCCAGGAUUUGCGCCUCAGCAUCUCAUUACCUUGCUGCCAUGUAUCUUGGACAAGGCGAUACAGUUCACUGAUAUUCUUGACGCGUACGCUCGUAGCGGAGAGGAACUUUCCCUCGAUGAGAGAUGCGUCAGCCUUACCUUUGAUAUCAUCGGCGCAGUAACCAUGGACAAAGACUUCCAUGCCCAGCUCGACCGCAGCAAACAAGAUGAACUCGUCCGCCUCUACCGUGAGCUAACGACCUCAUACCGUAGCGGUAGCGGUAUACAGUGGGGCUGGCUGGACGUCCGAGUAUUGUGGCGCCGUCGAGUCCUGACCCGACGCAUCGAUCAUCUGAUAUCUGAGCAUAUCAAGACAAAGUUUGACGAACUCAAGUCCAAGUCGACGGAGAAACGCUCCCGGAGUGUUCUCUCCCUAAGUCUACAGGACAUCGACCAACUAAAUACCCGUGUCAUCCAGGAGACAUGCCACCAGCUCAAGAGCUUCCUUUUCGCUGGCCACGAUACCACCAGUAUCGUAUUGCAGUGGUCCUUCUAUGUCCUCAGCCGCACCCCACGCGUGCUGGAUAAACUCCGCCGCGAGCUAGACGACCUUUUCGGACCAGAUCCGUCCCCGGCAGCCGUGCAAGAGAAAUUACUUGCCCCGGGCGGAGACGACCUCCUAAAGCGGAUGUCCUACACUUCUGCUGUGAUCAAAGAAAUUCUGCGGUUAUACCCACCAUCAGGUUCCGCAAGGUACAUGCCACCCGGCACAGGAUUCACCGUGCAGUUACCAGACGGGAAGACGCUCUGUCUAGAUGGAGUGGUCGUAUAUAACAACUCGACACUCGUUCAUCGGGACGAGAAAGUUUACGGACCGACAAAAGAUGAAUUUAUCCCAGAGCGGUGGUUGGGAGACGCAGAUACUGGUCUAGGAUUAUCCACGGAUAAUGUAGAGGAUAAGGGGAAUGGUCCGGUCGCAACCGCUUGUAUUCCCGCCAGCGCGUGGAGGCCAUUCGAGCGCGGCCCGCGCAACUGUAUUGGUCAAGAGCUAGCCAACCUGGAGGCCCGGGUAAUCCUGGCGUGUACGGUCCGGCGCUUCGAUUUCGAGAAGGUGGGGGUGGGCGCAAUUGCGCGGGAUGCGACUGGGGCGCCUAUCUUGGAUGCCAAGGGGCAGUAUGAGGUGGAGUCAGAGUUGUUUAAUACUAUGCAGGUCACCGCGAAGCCUAUUGAUGGAACAGUAGUGAAGGUUCAUCUUGCUGAGAGAGCUAGCUAA